ACAGAAAAGAUGACCUCGGUCCAGUAGCUUCUCCUCCUCCUCCUCCUCCUCCUCCUCCAGAAAGGGCCGUGCUCACUCAGGCCCCCUUCUCCUGCCCGCCUAUGCUAUCGGAAUGCUAAUCUUUUAUCGUAGUCCAUCACACCCACUGACAUCAGUCAUGAUGAGCGAAGUAGGAACACAACACGUGAGUUUAGCGCGGUGGUCCUUGUACAUGUCGCACAUCUGUCGCACAUCGCAAGAGAAGCCCCUCCCGCCGUCCCUUCUCCCUGUCGCCCAUCCGAAUACGGCUUGGUCUCUAUCCUCCCUGGAGGUCAUUACGAUCGAUCGUGUACGAAAUUGAUUGGUGUGCAUCUGCCAGGACAGCAUCAUCGAGAGCUCCCUGUACCAGGCUGUGCCUUUGAAGACUUUGGAAUACGAGAGAAGGUUGUGAAAGAAGGAAACGUGAGAACAGUCACAAGUGUCUGUCUACGUCACAGCUCUUCAACCACAAUCCACCCGCGCAUGCGCACAAUUCCACGGAGUGCUGAAUUACCACAGAGGAAGUUGCAGAGCAGCCUAGUGCUUGAUGAGGACGAACGGACUCUUUUUUUGAGGCAACAGCUUUGCUAACUGCUCCCACCUGAAGCAGCAGCUUGGCAGUGUGGUUAUCUGGCUGCAAUAACGGUCACCACGAUGUUUGGCGUUGUCUUUCCCGGAAAGAGCUCUGCGCUCGAUGCGUCGCGAUUCAUGCAGGUGGAUCCGACGCACUGGUUGCUCGACCUCAACGGCUUAGUAGGGACAGCGUACGAACAGAUCGCAGAGAUGUGCAUUUUCCUCGUGAACGAGGUUGUUCUUCCCGCCGAUGCAGCACUGGCAGUUUAUGUGCAAGCACCCGGGUCCUCCUGGGAGUACCGCGGCGCCGUGUCGAAUGCCCGGCCGUCUGCGGUCCUUCCCCUCGUCUGGCCCCAGCCUGCAACUGCAGUGCCUCAGCUCCCAGCACCUGGAGUGCCUCAACCUGUCUCUGGGCAAAUUGGCAUCUCUGUCGAACCGUUAACCAGUCUACCCGCCAUGGAUGUCGGCAAUCUUAAAAAGGGGGAGGACUUUGCGCGGAGGGUGGCUGAGAACCUAUUCAACUUCAUGCAGUCCUUCUGCCAGAACGAUAAGCUUGUUGUCUCUCCCGAUAUAAUUGAUCAGUGGUUCCUUAAGUUCCAAGAGAAGUCGCGCAGAGAUCCGGAGUACAUCACGCGCAUGGCAGCAGGAGCGUGAGCACAAGGUACACGUUCAUCCGGGACCGAGUGAAGACUGUGAAGUCCCAAGAAAAGUCCCGGUCAAGUCCCAAGAAAAGUUGCGCAGAGAUCCGGAGUACAUCACGCGCAUGGCAGCAGGAGCGUGAGCACAAGGUACACGUUCAUCCGGGACCGAGUGAAGACUGUGAAGUCCCAAGAAAAGUCCCGGUCAAGUCCCAAGAAAAGUUGCGCAGAGAUCCGGAGUACAUCGCGCUCAUGGCGGCAGGAGCGUGAACAAGGUACACAUCCAUCCGGGACUGAGUGAAGUUCCAAGAAAAAAGUCCCGGUCAUGUCCCAAGAAAAGUUGCGCAGAGAUCCGGAGUACAUCACGCGCAUGGCAGCAGGAGCGUGAGCAACGUACGCCCAUCCAUCUAUCCAUUACUCGGUCUUAACACUGAAUGCGCACUCUUCUUGCGGUCCUUUUCCUACGGGCCAGGCGUGGCUUUUUUCAGCCACACUUUUUCCCGAUAUCCUGUUGUUCUGCACUCGCUUGCUGAUGUCAUUUACUGUGUUGUGUUCGCUUAUCCAGUUUGAUCGUCAGACAUCGUCAGACAUGUUCGUAAAAAUGUCCGACGGUGGGCGGGUCUUCUAUUUGACGGCAUGGUGACGUAGACAAAGAGGCAGGCGCGUGGAGCACUCUCAACAGAUGAACUUGCAAAUGAAUCGUUCACACACUUAAGGAUUCGUCUUUUUCAGCAAGGGUGCUUCGUGCCGCGGAGUAAAGUGACCAGCAUCGAAAGAGGUAAUGGUGAUAGGAAGGUGAUUGCCAACUUGUAUUGCAUUCAUAUGUUGAUGGAUUCACCCAGUGCCUAGCUCGGGUAGGUGUCAACGAGAUAUCUAUGGUUCGGCGACUUGUCUCCUGAAUGUGUAUAGCUUAGACUGGCUGUUGAACCACCGUCUCUACCCGAAUAGAACACCCAGUGAUUUUUGCUGAAUCUGCACAGAAAACGGCCCCAAAUACAGCAACAACACCCCAUAGCAUGGUCGCAAGUCCAUCCUGAAGCAAACUGCUGGAAGACUGAGGUUCAGCAUUCUAUUGUGUAUGCCAUGUCAUGGGCUGUGUUAAACCUUUAGGGGAAGAGGAGGUAAGCAGCAGCAACACGUUGACUCGUCAUAGGUAGAGGGUAACCCUGUGGAUAACUGAUCUGUGGAGAGAGGUGGUAGGAUGGUAGUUUGGGGAGCUAGGUGAGAUGAAGGGGAACAGAUGAGUGAUUGGAGGGAUGUAUGCGUCCAGAUUGUGGCGAGGUCUCAGCAGCAUCACAGUAAUGGAGAAGAAGGGCUAUAUGGUGUGCAACAAGAAGCCCUUUUUGGGAAAUGGGGUGCUAGCGGAAACAGAAGCCUUUUUUUUGUUGUUGCACCUGAUUUUACCCAGUGUGCACACACAGGGUUUAUGGGAUGGUUAGUGGGGAAUCACAGGAAAGCCAUUGUGGUGCCAGCGCUGUUUUCGGAAGAUCGAGAAAUGCCCAUUUGCAUGAAUCUAGUCAAGCACGCAGGCGGCAAACAAAAUCCCAAACACGGAAAGUGAGGGUGGCACUGGGCACUGCGAGUGACCAAGUAGGUAGACCAUAAGCAGCCUGCCACAAGCUGUGUGGCAGGCAAGCGAAGGCAACUCUUGGUUCCUUCGCUCUGCGGGACUUGUAGAUGAGAAACAUCAACUGUGCGACGGGAGUAGAAACAUCUAAAAUGGGUCUAAUAACAGAUGCCAUUCACACUUGUAAAAAGACAUGAACGUGCCCACACUCACGCACACACACGCACACACACACACAGAGAGAGAGAGAGAGAGAGAGAGAGAGAGAGAGAGAGAGAGAGAGAGAGAGAGAGAGAGAGAGAGAGAGAGAGAGAGAGAGAGAGGCUUGGUGGUUGGAUAAGCCAGACUGGCUGAUGGAAUCUGAUGCAGUCAUAAUGAAGUCUGUUUGGUGAUCAAAGGUGGAGGGUGUUUUUUAGGGUUUAGGGUUUGCCUGUCUGUUGCCAGAAUUGUUCAUCCAAGAAGUAACAGCGUGGUCUUGGAGCGACCGCAAGGUCCGCAACGAAAGUUGUUGUGAUCGUGUGUACAAGCCUAGAUUGGAGCUUUGUUCCCAUUGAAAAAAAAAAAAAAGAAGCCUACUGUAAGGAAUGUGUAUUGCAACAUGUACCAUGGCAUCAGAAUAAGAAAAUGAAAGUAUUGUGUGAAUUAGAAAAAAACAAAAUUGAGGCAGAAGU